CAGCAAACCUGGAGGUGUAGUCUUGAAAUAACCAAUUUUACAUUAAAAUCAGCGCUCGGAAUUGUUUACAAGUCGUGUGUCUGCUGUAAUGUGCUUUACUCAAGAGACCACUUUAAACUGAAGCACUAUCUCUAUGAGUUCCACAAGAGUUCUUCAUAUCCUCAGUCCCCCAAUACCGGGUCCAGUUAUGCCUGCGGAUGUGGCUGUGCAGCUGUACAUUACUCAUUCUCCCCCACUGUGCAGCUUCCUGAGCUCUUAUGAAGACUACAGGGCACGCAACCUGGUCAAAACCUGUUACAAACCCCUGCGGCCCUGCUUGAGCUCCAGAGCCCACCUGGAGCCCCCCUGUCUGGGCUGGCAGAAUCCAAAAUCUAAGACCAAGAAGAAGGUUGCGUUUGCAGACUCAAAGGGUAUGUCGUUAACAGCGGUGCAUGUCUUCUCUACUUUCGAUAAUAGAGAACCCGUCCCAUCCGAACCUCAGUUUGACCUGGAAGACCUAGAGAACGUCACAGCCACUCUCCAUAUAAAUUCUGUCCAGAGCAGAAUUCUAGACUUUCCACAGCCAGCGGCAGACUAUCUGGAUUUCCGUAGUCGGUUGCUGAAGAAUUUGGUUUGCUUGGAGAACUGUACCCUACAGGAGCGGGCCCUCACCGGCACGGUCAAAGUGCGUAACCUUGUCUACGAUAAGUCGGUUCAUGUGCGGAUCACUUUCGACACCUGGAAGAGGUUCCAGGAUGUGGAAUGCAUAUUUAUGAAUAAUGUCUAUGGUUGCCAGGAUACAGACACAUUCUCAUUUGCCAUUGAAUUACCUGGGUAUGUGGCACCUCAGAAUAAGUUAGAAUUCUGCAUUAGCUAUAGAACUGGAGAGCAGACUUACUGGGACAACAACGAUGGCCGAAAUUAUGGACUUGUUUCAACAUCUUGGCAACAAAACAAUAAAUGGAAUUCCUCAACUCAGAGUAAGAAACCAAAUGAACCCAGGAAGUUAGGCAGGAAAACACAAGACAAAACACAAGUUUAUAAAUGUAAAAGUCCUCUCCAAUCCAAUAGCAUUUUCCCACAGUGGCAGAGUUGGGGAAACAUUGCAACCUGCAGCCCCUACUGGUGACUUGAGCUGACGUAAUUAACUAGCUAACUAUCCAAAAGUGUUAAGCUUUUAGCAACAAUAUUUCUCUCGGCAUGACAACAGAAGAAGAUUAACAUUCUCUUAAAAGCCUUUAAUAUGAUUUACCUGCUGAUUAGAAGUAGAACUUUACCAGAUUGGAGAGGGAACAGAGGCUGGUUAAAAUUACAUGUUGCUACUGUGCAAUACAGCAUGUUUUAUUCUUU